CUACAUGAGUUAUGUAAAUCGGGAAAGAAGUUUCCCCAGUAGCACACUCUGAGGUAAUACCGUUUGGUUUUACUGAUGUUUCGUUUUCACUUUGAUUACUGAUAUCAGAAAGAUUCUGAUAGUCCGGUAAAAUAUCCGCCAUUAUUUACAGAAGGGAAAGGUGUUCGCCAUGUUUGCGCCUAAAGGUUCGCUUUAACCGGUAAUUAAAGCCGAUUGCUAACUGCUAGCAUAGCUACCGAACGCUUUCGCCGGUAGAGAGGGACCUCUUUGUCUGACAGGGGACGGCGUGCUCUUUUGUUAAGCUUUCCCUUUGUCCGUUUAGGAAAGGGGAACUGUCGGGUCAGGGUUUCGCAACUAUCUGCAGUCCGUAAAGUAUUUAGAAAAUGCAAAUCGCGAAAAAAUACUUCACAGAAGGCCUGAUUCAGUUAACGAUCUUACUCAGUUUGAUUGGAGUUCGUGUGGAUAUCGACAGCUACUUGAGCAGCUAUUAUACACCUCUGAUAGAUAUUAACCUAGGUCCGAGCUCAGCGUACAUCCAGACUCCUUUUCAUAUUUUAAGAGACACUCUUGACGGAUACGGUGUGCACCCAAAAUGUCCCGAGUUGGACUAUUUCUUUGCAAGUCGCCGGCUACUAGACGAGGUGAGGAACCUAGGCUCCCCACGGUUCCCCACACAGUUGAGCGCAUGGCUGGUGCAUCAAGUGUCUGCCAUUGAUAAGGCCGAAUGUGGACCUUCAACCAGCAACAACACUGACACUGAGCUCGAAAGCUCCGGGGACGAGGUCAGGGAUGAUCGUCAACACCUGCCUGACAGAGUCCAAGAGCUGUGCCAAACAUCUCCUGAACUCGGGCAAGGGCCCUGCACCUCAGGAGCCUGCGGGUUUCUCAAACAGGAUAAUGAUGUUAAAGUAAAGGAGGAGGAGGAACCUGCUGCUCUUACCCAGCUGGCUCACAGCUCCACCCUUGAACAAGAGAACCUAUUAGAGAGCAUCAAUGCAUUUUCUGAUCCAGCACGUCCUGAUGUUGAUCAGCACUGGAAUAACUUAUUCUCUCUGUCUGUCACUGACCUUGAAGACUUGGAUUCUCUUGUUGCGGACGCAGACAUCGGUGCCAUCAGCCAGGAUGUCAGUUUACGUGAUGCAAUGGAAGCAAGCGCUGGUGCCUUUGGUGUCACAUCGGAAAGAACUGAGUCCAGGCUACGCACCCAACAACAAAGAACCUUCUUUCGUCUAGAAUCCACAGAUUCCUCACAUUCGGACGCCUCACCAGGGAUGGCUUUGGGACUGGCCGCUCUCCCUUUUGCCUCAGUGUGUAAUGUGACUGUAAAUGUGUCAUCACGGAGCGCACUGGGAGGCUGCCUGGAUGAGGCAGUGUUUGACGAGAUCAAUCAGCUGGGUUUGGAAACCCUGGACACCAUGAACCUGCAGCUAAUGAGCGGUUUGCAGAAUGUGGACCCACAGGUCGUUGAAGACUUGGAUUCUGAUUCCGGUCUCUCCCUGGAGAGUAGCUGUGGAGGUCCAGUUUCACCAGGCUCAUCUGACAUGUCCUCAUCAUCGUCAUCCAGCUCUUACUGUGAUGAUGAGUGUGGCGCUACAGGCUAUAGCAGUGAGGUGGAUUCAAUCCCCUCUAAAUGCAUCAUUGACAACACCACAACUUGGUCACCUGUUGAUCUGAGUGAGAGUGUGUGGCAUGACCACAGCUACUCAUCUCCUGCUUUCUACGGUCCCCCAUCACUUACUCUUCCCCACAAAGGCAUCCACGAAGAGUCUUUCAGGGAUGACAGUGGGACAAGGUUGGACGACAGAGAGCUGAGUCGUGAUGAGCUCCGUGCCCGUGCCAUGUGCAUCCCAUACUCUGUCCUGCAGAUCGUCAACAUGCCUGUGGAGGAGUUCCUUGAAGUUCUUGACAGUCACAGUUUCUCUCCUGAACAGGUUGCGCUGCUGAGGGAUAUCCGCAGGCGCGGGAAGAACAAAUUGGCGGCACAAAACUGCCGCAAGCGCAAACUAGAUGCCAUCACGGGGCUGCAGGAGGAGGUGGAACAGCUGCAGGCUCAGAGGGACAGGUUACUCAGGGAGAAACAGCUUACAGCCAAGACAAUGUGUGCUGUGGGCCAGCAGAUCGAACAGCUGACCAGAGAUGUCCUGGCCAGGCUGAGGGAUAACUCUGGACAGUCCCUAAACCCAGACAGAUUUACCCUGCAAUGCACGGCUAAUGGAAGGGUUGUAGUUCAGCCUGUAAGGCGGCCGGCUGUCUCCACAUCAGCUGGAAACAAAACAGACAAAAGGAAGAAAGAGAAAAAGCAAUGAUGUCGAAUUGCUACCUGCGACUUUUAAAUCUUUGGAUGCAACUGAACUUUUUUGCCUGACUGUUCUUUUUUUUUGGGAGGGGUCCUUUUUGUAAAGGUUUGUGGAUUCACAACUUUUGGGAGCCUAAGUUGUCCAAAACUGCAGAAACAAAAGACAAUGACAAAAAUAAAUAUUUUCUGUAAAUAACAAGGGAAAUGUAGAAAGUAUAGUGUGCACACUGGACAUUUUUUGCUUAUUAAAGAUGGAAAAGGCACCAAAAGCAGUUUAGGGGAAGAGCUACUUGCUGGUAAUAUUACCAGUCCUUCUUUGUGCCUAACAUUUAUUGAGUCUUGUCGUUUCUUCAAACAAGUAUAGACAGCCAGAAAUGUCUAAAUGUCAUAUCCAUGAAUGUUACAGGACAGAAAUUGGGGAGAGGUUUGUUGGUUUUGUGUGUUUUGCCUCUUAUAUCUGGAUUCAGUAUAAAAAGAUUUGUAUUUAUUAAAGUUGCUGAGGCUCAGAGACAUCAUGAGACUGCCAAGGGCAGGAUCUUUUUUUUCUUACUGAUAUCUUUAUAGUGAUAAGAAUAUCAAAAAAUUAUUUCAGGGUAUUUGAGGCUGUGUACUGUUAAGCAGAAAUCCAAACUAAAAUGUUGAGGUUUUGUUUUUUUCCUUUUCUAUUUGUCUUCUGUUCUUGUUGUUUUAACUUUCCCUGUGUGAUGGUUAGCUAAAAUAUACCAAUGAUUAAACUGACAAGGCCUUAAUUUGCCAGUGUGUAUUUGUGUGUGUGUGUGUGUACACGAGAGGCACAGAUGCACAUUUUAAUGUGUUAAACAGUAUUGAUAAGAUUAUUUCAAGCAAAAUUCUUCUGUAACAUUUGGUAAGAAAGGUUUUCUAUCUCAGGCCUUUGUUUGUGUUAAUAGAUUUGAGGUUAAUAGAAAAUAAAAUAAAAAUAGGGUUUAUACUUUUUAGCAACAAAGUCUAAAUGAAUUUGCCAUAAAUAGGCCUGCAUGAAAAAAAAACAUGAUCACUUGUUAUUUCAUAGCCAACAGUUGUGGACUCAGUGUUUUACACAAGUUUAAUUGCAGUUUUAGUACAGAUUGUCAAGUUAUUUAUAAUUCCUCACUGAGUGAGUCAAAGAACAAAAAACAACUGUAUAAAGGGACCCGGAUCUUUACAAAACUGUAUUUAUUUUUAGUGUGACUAAGAUUUGAAGUUUGUGUUGAUUUUUUUGUUUGUCUUUGUUGCUGGGGGCAAAUGUCUUGGAUUGCAUGGUUAAGAUUAAUGGUAUGGUUAUGCAAAACAACGUUCUUUCUCAUUAAAAAACGUCUCUGUA